AUGCCGCCGAAGCGUGCGGCGCUCCCCACCAAGGAGCGCGGUCUCUUCCAGCGGCUGAUUCAGGAAUACGAGACCAAAAAAUACAAGCUCGGCCUCAAGACUGCCGACACCAUCCUCAAAAAGUUCCCCGACCAUGGAGAGACCGUCGCCAUAAAGGGCCUCCUCCUCGGCUCCACCAAUCGUCGCGAGGAGGGCAUCGAACUUGCUAAAAAAGGUGUGCGUCUCGACUUGACCUCGUUCAUCUGCUGGCACGCACUCGGCAUCUUGCAUCGCCAGGACAAGAAUUACGAAGAGGCGAUAAAGUGUUAUACACAGGCACUCCGCAUCGAAGGGGGCGGUAACAUCAACCUGUUGCGCGAGUCGGCUUUCUUGCAACUGCAGCUCAGGAACUACCCGCCUAUGGUCGAGAACCGAUUGACGCUGUUGCGUAUGCAACCGCAUCUCCGUAUGAACUGGAUCGGGUUGGCGGUGGCGCACCAUCUGGCUGGAUCGCUGGACGCGGCUGUGCGUGUGCUGGAGGGAUACGAGAACGUGAUGCGUGAUAUCCCGGAUAGAAGCUACGAAUACAGCGAGGCACUGCUCUACCAUGCCAGUGUUCUCGAGGAGCAGUCCAAGUUCCAGGACGCGCUCGACCUUAUCGAAGCAAGUAGUAAACGCAUUGUAGACCUGCGUGGCAAGGAAGAGGCGCAAGCGAGAUGUCUCGCUGGGCUCGGAAAGAGGGACGAGGCAGAGGCGUUGUGGAGACAGCUCAUCAAGUCGAACCCGGAGAACAAGCGAUACUUUGCCGGUCUGCUCAACUUGCUCGGCAUCACAGAGAACUCGGCAGCGACAGCCGGGGACAACCGGGCAGUCGAAGUAUUCAGGGGCUUGCAGGCCGACCAUCCGAAAUCCACCGCUGCGAAGCGUCUCGCUCUCAUCUAUGCCUCUGGAGAUGACUUCAAGACUCAGGCCACCGCCUACGCCAAGUCGGCACUGGUCAAAGGUGUGCCGUCGCUCUUUUCCGAUCUCAAGUCUCUUUACAAGGAUGCAGGCAAGCAAGACGCACUCGAACAAAUCGUCGAGACCCUCCGCCGGGAGUGGGCGCCCACAACGGCUCCGUCCGCCGACGGCACCGACCCACCCACUUCGUACCUCUGGUCGCUCUACUACCUUGCCCAGCACUAUUCGCUCACAGGCGACUCCACCCGAGCACUGCACUACAUUGACGCCGCCAUCUCACAUUCUUCCACGCUGCCUGAGCUGCACAUGGUGCGCGCAAGAGUCCUCAAACGUGCCGGUGACCUCCUUGGUGCCUCCGCCGCCAUGACCGACGCCCGCCUGCUCGACGGCCAGGACCGCUUCCUCAACUCGAAAGCUGCCAAGUACCUGCUCCGCACCAACGACACCGAAGAAGCAGAACGCAUCGUCGGGCUGUUCACCAAGCCCGAUGCCCCGUCGCCCACGUACGACCUCAACGAGAUGCAGGCGCUCUGGUACCUCGCCGAAGAAGCAGAGGCCUUCCUGCGGUCCAGCAACUACGCUAUGGCGCUCAAACGGCUCUCACAGUUGGAUAAGGUGUUCCAGGAGUUCUGGGACGACCAGCUGGACUUCCACUCGUACUGCAUGCGCAAGAUGACCCUCCGCUCGUAUGUCAACCUCGUUCGAUUCGAGGACCAGCUGCGCUCGCACCCAGCGUAUGUGCGUGCGGCAGUUGCAGCGAUCGGUAUCUACACCAAGCUGCACGACCAGCCCGCGACCGCACCGUUCAUCGCACCCGCCGAGAAGGAGACCGAGGAUCCGGCGCUUGCAGGGCUGUCGGAGGCGGAGAAGAAGAAGGCCAUCAAGAAGGCGCGUCAGGCAGAAGCCAAGCGUAUUGCCAAGCAGGAAGCCGAGGCGGCAGAGAAGAAGAAGAAAGCCGAAGAGGCGGCGGCGAAUGGCGAGACGGUGGAGGACGACGGUCCCAAGCCCGACCUCGACCCCAAGGGGCUGGAGCUGUUCAAGAGCACGCUCGAAGCGUCCCCGCUCAAGCAGGCGGAGAAGUGGCUGCGGUUCCUGCAGGCACACGCUGCGGAUAGAGCGGAAACAUGGAGCGCAACAUUCGACGUCGCCAUCCGACAGAAGAACUGGCUGCUCGCCACACGCGCCCUCAAGCACCUGCACAACCUUGACCCCGCCCACCCCGAACUGGUGGCAAUGGUCGUACAGCUCAAGAGCAAGCUGCCGGACCUCACUAAGGCCCCGCAGCCCAUCGGCGGCGUCAUCGCGUCCGCCCUCGCGUCGGUUGUGCCCGCAGACAAGCCGAUCGCAACAUACUUCGCAGAGGCGCUGCAGAGCGGGGUCGCAUCCACGCCCGCCGGUGUGCUCGGCAACGCUAAAGCAGCUCUGGCGCUGGAUCGGAAAGACGAGGCCGUCGCGCUGCUGCUCACCCUCCCCUCCGCUGUGCAGCACGUGUCGGGUCCACGAGCCCGCAACGCUGCACUCAAGACCGCGGUCGACGCGCAAGCACUGCUCGCUCAGCUCGAUGCUCAGAGUGUCGCAGAGUUCAACGACAAGGCACGGGCAGCCUUCCCGCUCGCUAACGCGUUCAAACCCCCGCAGGCGCUGGAGGAGGAGAAGACGAAGCGCGACGAGGCCCGCGCCACGUGGGCAAAGGGCGCUGAGAUCGCCGUUGGUGCAGAGACCAACGGUGUAGAGCACGAGCCGCUCAUGUAA